AUGAUGCGAAGAGCAAGAAGAGCAACUGCACCUCGUGCAAGACGUAAUUUAAAAUCUACUAUGGCAGGAAAUUUAAAAGCUGCCUUCCAACAAAGAGACAGUACUCAAGUAGUAUUAAAUGCUACUGAGACUGUACAAUUAGCUAUUCCAGCUAAUACUAAUGGAGCAACUACAGUACGGAAUGUAACUAAGUUGCUUUGUGGUACUGAAUUCUUCCAACAUUAUGCUGGAAUGUAUGAUCAAUUUAAAAUUGAUGGUGUUUCAGUAUCAGCUGAAAUUGUAUACAAUACAUUUGGUCAGGCUGCAAUGACAUUCCCUAAUGUUAUUACUGCAUGGGAUAGAAAUGGUAUUGAUAAAGCUACUGCUAAUGUAGUAACCAAUCCAGAAGGAGGACAGAAUCUAACUAAUGUUCCAAUUGUACCUGGACCAUAUCAAGUGAGUUCAUAUUCUAGUGCAGUAAGUAGAGCAUAUUAUCCAGGUGCAAGAUGGGGUAUUACAAGAAGACUUAUUGCUUCAUCACUUCAAGAGAAGAGUAUUUAUCUUCCAACAGUUAAGACUGCUGAAGUAUUGACUGAAUCUACUUUAUAUGCUGCAUGGAAUCCUGAUUUCCUUCUUUCUGUUCUUUUAGGUAAUCAAACAGCUACAUGCCAAACACUUGUAUUUAAUUUAACAUGGUCAUGGGUUGUUUCACUUAGAGGAUUAAGAAAGAGUACACUUGAUGUUAUUCCAAUUCCUAAUGCUAAUUCACUUGGUUAUGCAGGAACUAAUGCUGGUACUGUUGCAAGUGGAACAAAUAAUACUAUGAUUCCUGCUUCAAUGAAUGUUGCUAAUAAUGCUGGAGUGGUUACUGUCAGUAAUCCAGUUUAUACUACACAAGUACAAAAUACUGGAGGAGUUAUUUCUGUUGCUAAUAAUUCAUGGACUCUUGAUUCACUGAAGUUGUAUUUGAAUCAAGUUAUGUAUAAUAUGGGUAUUAGUAAUGUUAAUGCAAUUACAUUUGAUAAUAGUAAUUUACAUGUUGUUGAAGCUAAUAAUUCUGGUGUUGCUAUUAAUUUACCUGCUGGUAGUUCUAAUAUAUUGCCAUGUGUUAUGGUUGCAUUUGCUACUACUAUGACUCUUGGUAAUGGUACUACCGGUUAUAAUUUAACUAUUUUCUUAUGUGGUAAUGGUAAUAGUAAUGCCCAUGUAAUUAAUGUUGCAACUGAUGCUAAUACAUUUGUUGUUUAUUCUGAACCAUUUGCUGUUUAUGGAAUUAAUCUUCCUAAUCAAAGUGGAGCUACAGCUGAAUCUGUUGUUACUACUGCCUUGUUAACUACUGUAGGAAGUACUACUACUAAUUCACCUGCUAUUAUGUAUGUAAAUACUGAUACAACUGCAGAAGCUGCUGUUACUGUUGCUGCUGGUUCUAUGUUAACUGUUGCAGGUACAAAUACUGCUUCUGUUGCUUAUCCUGUUGUAGUUGGAAAGAAUGCGUUUUUAAAAGUUGUUAAUAGUAAGGAGUCAGUUAUGAAUAAGCUGUCCAUUACGUCUGAAUGUGCUUUCAUUGUAGUUGAGAACAUAUGA